AUGACAGCUCAGGCCGCAUCUUACGUCCUCGUCACCGGCGCAACUGGCUUCAUCGGCGCCCAUGUUGUCGACAACCUUCUCGCCAAGGGCCUCAAGGUCCGAGGUUCCACGCGGUCAGCAGCGAAGGGCGAAGAGAUGAAAGCUGCGCGACCGCAAUACGCGUCCAGACUCGACUUUGUCGUUGUUGAGGAUUUUACUCAGAUUGGCGUGUUUGACUCUGUCAUGGAAGGCAUAGAUGCGGUCAUCCACGUUGCCAGUCCAUUCUUCUACGACACAACCAACAACGAGCAAGAACUCAUCAUCCCUGCCAUCAAUGGCGUCAAGUCGAUCCUCACAGCCUCCGCAAAGGCCGGUACCGUGAAACGCAUCGUGCUAACCUCCUCAUUCGCCUCGAUUGUCGACGUCGAUAGCACUCCCUCCCCCGAUUUCACAUACACUGCCCAACACUGGAACCCGCUUAGCUACGACACCGCCGUCGACCCAAAGUCCACUUCCGUGGUCGCAUACAGAGGAUCGAAGAAAUUCGCCGAGCUCGCAGCGUGGGACUUUGUCAAGACCGAGAAGCCGUGCUUUGAUCUAGUUACCCUCUGCCCGCCAAUGGUCUUUGGUCCAGUCGUACAUCCAGUCCACAACAUCAAGCAGCUCAAUGAGUCGAACUCUGUCCUCUGGAGCGUGGCGGCUGGUGUGGAUCCUCUUCCUGGUUCGCGGGUCCCUGCGUGGAUUGAUGCGCGGGAUCUGGCGGAGGUUCAUGUUCAGGCUCUACUUAGACCAGAGACUGGUGGGAAGCGGUUCUUGCCUGCUGCCCUGGAGCCGUUCUCUUAUGGGUACGCUGCGGAUAUUAUGAAGGAUACUUUCGAGUGGGCUAAGGAUACUGUUACUUCGAACUAUCAGUCUGGGCAAAAGCCCCAUGCUCCAUACGGGGUUGAUGGACAAACGGUUGCUAAUGAGCUGGGUGUCAAGUAUCGCAGUUUCAAGGAAACUGUCGUGGACUUUGUCGGCCAGGUGAAGGAUACACUGGCAUGA